AUGGAUAGAAAUAGAGAUGCGAGAAGAGCGGCUAUGGCGGCCCCAAAUGGGUUGUCAAGGCGAAGACAUAGAAGUAGCAGCCUCAGAGACUCUCCAGAGGACGAUGGUCCGGUGGAGUUACAAGAGACGUCGAGGCUCAGAGAUCGGAAGAAGGAUCGAGAUCGAGAUCGGGAUCGAGAGAGAGACCGAGACCGGGACCGAGACCGCGAUAGGGAUCGGUUGAGCCGGAGCAAGAGGCGAAGAGGUGAGAGAUUGAUGCACGGAAGCAAUAGAGAAGAUGGCGGCGAUGACAGUUCGGAGGAGAGUGUGAACGACGAAGAUGAAGACGAGGACGACGACGGCGGUGGAGGCGUUGGUGUGAGCGGUGGAGGCGGUGGGUCGAUUCGGAUGCUUCCGCCCAACCCAUCAUCAACGACAUCUAUUUCGUCGUCGUUGUUGAAUCACCGGAAAAGCUUCUCUCCGGUGAAUAAUAUCAGUAGUAACAACAAGCAUUUUCGACCGCACCCGGCGUUGAAGGUCACCGAUGAGAUGAUUGGUGUGUCCGUACCGAGAAAAGCACGGUCAGCGUCGACGAAGAGGUCUCAUGAAUGGCCUUCGAGUUGUGGUGUUGUAGGAGGAGACCAAAUUCACCGGCAAGCUUCAACAUCUCCGGUUCGGCCCGCUACAUCGUCGAUGGCGGCGCCAUCCCCGUCUUCGCCUUCUUCUUCCCACGCCUCGGCGGUUCGGAAGAAGCUGAAGCCCAACGGACCCAAGCUGAGGCCGCCGAAGAUGUCGUCUUCGGCAAAGACGACGUCGUCUAAUCAGGACGAGAUAGAAAUAGAGAUCGCCGAGGUGUUGUACGGCAUGCAGAGGCAGCCACAGGGACCAACGAAGCAGGAAAUUGUAGUCACCGAUUCAAUUAAGUUUGAAUCAAGAGAGGCCAACAAGUCCACCAGCGAUGCCAAAUCGAGAGUUUCGUCGCCGAUCUCGAACUCGCCGUGCGCGUUGCCUCAGCUGCCGUCGGCUUUUACUCAGAAUUCUAGCUCCUCUGUCACUUCCCUGUCCGCUGUUGCACCCAAGAGGAAAAGACCGCGACCUGUGAAGUAUGACGAUGAGAACCCAUCAAUUUUCACCAUUCAAAACAGUGCCAUUUCGACUAUGAGUAAAGUGGUGACUGAUCAGCCUGCAAAGGUUGAGACUUCGUCUCCGAAAUUGGAGAGAAACCCAGGAUCUGCAGUUGAAAAUGGCGGAUUUUCGUACAAUUUGGCCAAUUCUCACGCUGUUCCAGCAUCCUCAGAAGCUCAGCCGGAGCCAGAUAUGCCGGAGAGCAAAGCUGUCUCAGAUUCAAAGCCAGCAAACGAUGAAUCAGAUGGUCAAAAUGUUCAAGUGAGCAAAGAGGAACCUCAAUCACCCAAAAAGGAGUCUCCUGCUCUCAGACUGGAUGAUAAUCGUCAGGAUAUGACAAUGACUAAAGCAAAUACAACGGUCUCUGAGAUUGAGAACCAGCGAGAAGAAAAAUUCCAGAUAGAUCUGAUGGCUCCCCCAGAAAGGGACGGUGAAGUUGAUUUUAUCUCUGUAGAUCCUAAGCCUACGGUCAUAGAUGCAGAAACGGAGAUAAAGCCUAUGAAUAGAGAAGAUGACAAAGUUGUGAAAUUUGGCAAGGAAGAGCAUGCAAAUGUGGAAACUGAGAAGUGCAAAGCUGCGGUGGAAGAAGCUGAGUUCAAGAAGCCUAUUGUUGGUAGUAAAGAAAGGAAUAUUGAUCUCCAGCUUGAUUUGGAGAAGACUGAUAGGGAUAGUGGCACUGCUUGUUUUAGUGGAAACAAGCUGCAUCAUAAUGUUGCUAAGCAGCAGCAAAACACUGAGAAAACUGUCCAAUCGAGCUCUGUACCUUUGCCAAUGUCUGUGGCUGCGUGGCCAGGCGGGCUUCCUCCAAUGGGGUAUAUGGCACCUUUACAAGGAGUUGUAUCCAUGGAUGGGAGCACCGUUUCUUCAGCUGCUAUACAACCGCCACAUUUGCUUUUUAAUCAACCUCGGCCAAAGAGGUGUGAAACCCAUUGCUACAUUGCAAGGAAUAUAUACUAUCACCAGCAAAUGUCAAGGAUGAAUCCUUUUUGGCCAGUAGCAGCUGGUUCUGGAUCUCUAUAUGGGGGAAAGCAUUGCAAUCCCAAUGUAUUACCUCCAGAAUUGCAUGGGAAUAUUCCAGGUAGAGGGGUGAAUUCAGCGCAGGACAAGGGACAGGGGCUUGCUAUGUUUCCUGGUCCAUCUGCGAAGGACAAAAGUUCACAAACAGCAAACCUUGUGGAUGCACAGAGAAAGCAAAUUGUUCUCCAGCAAGCUCUGCCUCCAGGGGCACCUAGUAAUAUCUUGCAUGGUCCUGCUUUCAUAUUCCCUUUGAACCAGCAACAUGCAGCUGCUGCUGCUUCUGUCCGACCUGCAUCUGUGAAGUCUCCUAAUGCUGGUGCUGCAGCUUUGUCAAGUACAUCUAACUCUGCUCCAAUGACAGCUGCAGCAACCGCUGCUCCAGCCCCAGCAAUGAGCUUCAAUUACCCAAAUAUGGCGGGGAACGAACCUCAGUAUUUGGCAAUUUUGCAGAAUAAUGCAUAUCCAUUUACAAUGCCGCCUCAUGUAGGUGCACCGCCAGCUUAUAGAGGACCCCAUGCUCAGCCAAUGCCUUAUUUUAGUGGGUCUUUCUAUUCUUCCCAAAUGCUCCAUCCUUCUCACCUUCAGCAGCAGCAGCAGCAGCAACCACCACCAUCCCAGUCACAGCAAAGUCAACAAGGUCAUCAAAACCCUAGCAUUUCUAGUGGCUCAUCAUCAUCCCAAAAACAUUUGCAAAAUCAGCAGCAGAGGCCACAUCCCAGUGGUGUCAAUGGUGGCAGUGGAAGCUUGCAAGGCUUUCCUACCUCAAAAAACCCAUCUUCACAAGCACUACAGCUGCAGCAGCAGCAACGGCCACAGCAGCAGAACCCACAUCCUCCGCACCAAGCUCGCCAACUUGAGCCUGAAAUGGGGGGCGAAGAUAGCCCAUCAACUGCUGAUAGUCGAGUCUCUCGUGCGAAUGUGAACAUUUAUGGUCAGAAUUUUCCAAUGCCAAUGCGCCCACCAAACUUUCCAUUGAUGACACCUCCUUCAAGUGGUAGUGCCAGUGUUGCAACAGGUGCAAGUGGUACUGAGAAGAAGCCGCAGCAACAGCCGCAGGGCCCAAAGACGGGGGUUGAAGCAUCUCAAGCUUUUGCUAUGUCUUUUGCUUCCAUGAAUGGUGCUACCGCUGCUACUGGCAUUGACCUUACAUCGCUUGCUCAUAAUCAUGCAAUUCUCCAGAGCUUUCCAGAUGUAAGGCAGAGUUAUCCACAUUUUAUGGCUGUCCAAGCAGUACAACAUAAGAAGAGUUAUCGUGUUCCUGAAGAAGGGAAAACGGGAGGAGGUGAUUCCCCUAAUGUGGAGGAAGAAAGAAAGGCCAUGGGAGGAAAAGCUUCAUCAACUCUUGGGCACUCCAUUGCAUUCUCCAGGACAGACUUGACGGAUACAUCUGGUUCUACAAUACCGAGCAACAAUGUCAUUGAUAGCUCAACGCGAACUCUUAACCUCAGCUCUACUCCUGGCCGGACUUCUAGUUCUGUUUUGCCCCCCGCUGUCAGCUCUGUAAAUGCUCCCACAUCUCAGCAGCAACUCCAGCAACAAAUGCAGCAGCAAAUGCGGAAUCACCAGCAACAGCAACAGCAACAGAUGAUUCAGCUUCAUAAGCAGCAAUUUUCUGCUGCAGGCCGAAGCAAGACACCAGCAACUAGUAAUGGCAGCGUCUACUCUGAUCACCUUCCCUCAACCUCUUCUAUGGCUGCAAAGUUUCCUAAUGCUCUAUCUUCAUUCCCCCAAAACCUUGUCCAAAGUAGCAGCAGUCCAGCUCAAUCUCCUCAGUGGAAGAAUUCUGCAAGGACAACCACUUCCCAAGUUCCUUCAUCGUCUUUGGCCUCGUCGACCUCAUCAUCCCUCAAAAACCUUCCUCAGAAGCAUGCUCGUACGCAGCAAAGCCACACACAGAUAUCUUUUGCAGCCAACACAAAGUCUUCAAUCCAAUCUCAAGGGUUACAACCUGCCAGUAGCAAUCAGUCCCCAUCUCCUCCAGUAAUGGUUGGUUCACCAACACCCACAACUUCGUCAAUGUCCAAGAGUGCUGGUGGAAGCCCAAGAACAACUGCUUCGACUUCCACAGGAAAUAAAGCUGGCCAAGCUUCUUCUUUGUCGUCUCAGCAGGCCAAGAACUCACCAUCAGUGCCCAGUCAGAAGUCAUCUCCUGUUGGCGGGAGGAAUGUCCCUUCGAUCCUAGGCAACACCCAUAUUACCUCUUCAAGCACUGGAACUAAGUCACAAUUGCCACAGCAGCAGCAACAACUCCAGCAACAGCAGCAGCAUCAACUCCAGCAGCAGCAUCAUCAACAUCAACAACAGCAGCAUCAACAUCAGCAGCAGUUGUCUAAGCAAUCAAUUCAGCAAGCGCAAUUGUUCUUCUCUAAUGCCUGCAUCCAACCACAAGCUUCACAUUCAAAUAAUGCCACCUCUACCGCCCCUUCAAGUGGGUAUUAUCAUAAUAAUAUUACAAGACGUCGGCCUGAGCAACAGCAGCCGCCACAGGGCUCAUCAGGGUCAUCCUCGAGUGGGAUGCUGUCACUCUGCCCGCCCGUUAUGCAUUCUAAUACUAGCACCACUGAUCCUGCAAAGGCGGCAGCGGCUGCAGCUGCUAACAACAUGAAAGGUAGUGGCUUGUCCUCACAGACUCUUAUGCAUCAUGCUCAGUUUGCUGCUGCACAGUCCUCUGGUCCACAUCAGAUUGUACCUGGGGGAUUCCCUUAUGUACAUGCUAUUCCUACCGUGGUCCAGGUGAAACCGGCAGAACAGAAGAAACAACCUGCUGGUGAGUAG